AUGAAGCCUGAUGCUCGGCUUGCAUUAUCCUUCUCCUUCUUCUUCGUCGCUCUCUUUGCCUUCACCAGAGCUGAAUAUAUAUAUGACUCAGACGGUGACAUCGUUAACAAUGGAGGCAAUUACUACUUAUUGCCACCAUCUGGUCAUUCAGGUCUAGCAACUGCUACCAUUAACAGGGGUCACACUCUAUCGUGCUUGCUCGCCGUCGCUUUAGGAUUUGAUCAAGGCUACGCGGCAAAAAUUGCAACACCAUAUCCUCUGAAGUUCAUCACUAACGACUAUCCUUUAAACAUAUCGUUUGCUGAUUUGCCGUCAAACGCGUGCACUGACUCACCCAGUUGGACCGUCGCCGAUAUCUAUGGCAAUGAUGAAGAUUCAGUGAUGGUUGGGAAUCCUCAAGAAUUUUUUAUUCCACGUUCUGGCAAUUUCUACAUCAAGAAAUAUGAUUCUGAGUCUUACAAGCUUGCCUUCUGUUAUUCCACAUCUUCGUGUGGAUAUGUUACUACGAGGAUUGAUGGCCUUCUUCGAACCAUCCGUUUGAUUGUCACACAGGACAGAAGCGUACAACCAUUCGUAUUCAAGCUUGUCAAAGCAACUAGUAACGACGUCGCUUCUGGCAUUUCAAUGGUCGUGUGA